UUUCGGUUUCCAGGGAUUUCCGAGAAACUGGUGUAAAUCCGAGAACUGAGGUGCCAGGGGAUAAAGGGCAGGGGUGGAUCCUGUUGGAGUGGGGUAGGGCAGGAGGAAUAUAAGCGUCAGGAGCUCUCCGGUGCUCCCACCCUCGCAGCGGAGCCGCUUCAUCCCGACCUUCUUCCAGGUGAAGGUCCUGGGUCGUGACAUGCCCGGGGAGCCUCGGCAGGGCAGCUCCAGGCGGGAGGUGUCCUUGGUUGCAGCAGCUUCUGUGAUCAAAUACUCUGGAGCAGCCCAAGAGCUGGAUGGGAGAGUGAACCUUGAGAAAAGGACCUGGAAGAGAAGAAGCAUGGGAGUCUUUGCAACAGUUGAAAAAGGACGGGAGGCAGAGGCCACAAAGCCUCAGGAAUCUUUGAUGAAGGAGGACUUCAAGGAGCUCAUCCAACAAGUGAAAGCUAUGCGUGAAGAUCUCCAGAAAGGGCAGGAAUCCAGUAAGUGUGAUAUUCAGCUGCUCAUAGAAGGCCUGAACAAGGAACUAGGAAAGACAGAGGAGGGAAAUCCCCCAAAGGCUCAGGGAUCCGGGAUGGAGGAGACCCUUCAGCAGUUCUGCAAAGAAAUGAAAGCUAUGCGUGAAGAUUUCCAGGAAGGGCUGGCAUCCACAAAGCAGGAUAUUCAGCACCUCAGAGCAGACCAGAACAAGGAACAAGGAAAGACAGAGAAGAGAAAUACCCCAGAGGCUCAGGGAUCUGGGAUGGAAGAGACCCUUCUGCAGUUCUGCAAACAAAUGAAAACUAUGUGUGAAGAUCUCCAGAAAGGGCAGGAAUCCACAAAGGGGGAUAUUCAGCUGCUCAAAGACCUGAACAAGGAACUAGUCAGGAAUAUGAAGAAAAUGGCGAAGGCCCAGGAAUCCAAGAUGGACAAGAAAUUUCAGCAGCUCUGCCAAAGAAUUCAAACUCUGGAACAAGAAUUAUACGGGAGGCAGGGGUCCAAACAACACAGCCUUCAGCUCCUUGGAGCAGAAACGGAGAUGGAACACGGUGUGCUGAUAGAAAGUGCAUCAGAAGACGAGGGCUUUGAUACAGAUGCAUAGACAACUGCUGAGCUGGUGAAGCAUUGAUCAACAAAAUUGAAGUCUGGCACUCAUUACAUUUCUCUUGAGCUUGGCUCCCCACCCCCUGCACUCCCUGGGCUCGCUGUGUUGGGAAGUGCUCGUGCUGCCAGAAGACUGAGACAAUUGUUAGGGCUUUUCUCUCUUCUGUGAGCUGGUUCCUGCUGUGCCAGGGCAGAUCCAUCCACUGCCCGGUUUCAACAAGUGAAAGCAACAGCAGCCAAAGUGCAACCCAGAGCAGAGCAGCUGAAUUACCCAGCGAACUCUACACAAAAUCUCAGGGCAGAGUCCUGGGAAUCCUGGAUUUUAACAUUUUGUGUGUGUGAAGAAUCUGGGAUGUACAGCAGUGGGGGAACCAUUUCACCUGGAGAAUGAAGUGUUCAGUUGCAAUCCUGAUUUUUCUGUGACAUGUUUACUACACUCGCAUUACCUGUCUUCUUUCCUGCUUCUGUUUUUAGUUAAUGUGUAUCAGGACAAGUGUAGAAUUAGCAUGUUCCUCCUGAGGCUGGGGCAACACCUGUCUUACAAGGGUGCCUGUGCCCUGCGCAGGCAGAGGAGUUCCCUUAGAGUAAGAGAACCACCACUCUGCCCUGCUAGUUGGGCACCAUCUGUCACAGUCACAGGGGAAAGAAGACGCGACAGCCGGGAGUUCAUGCAGAGUGGUAGCUCAAAGCUAUUGCAACUUUAUUAGGGUGUGCCACCCCUAUUUAUAGGGUGGCAGGAGAAGGUUCCGGAAACCAAGGAGGAGCAUAGGACAGGCAGGGACAUGGACCAAUCAGAAGGGAAAGGAGGGAAUAAGGGAGAAAUAGGAGCCAAUAAGGAAAACAUCUGCAAUGCAGUAGAUUGCAGCCAAUCAGAAAAUAGGUAAUAAACAUGAGGAGAAAACUGU